AUGACCGAGCGCCGGGCAGCCACCAAGAGCCGGCGCUUGGGCUCCAGCCGGCGCAAGCAGCUGCACGAGGGCUCUGGUGAGGCACCAGCAGCAGCUCCUGGUCCCAGCAAAGAGCUGCCCUGGGAAUCCCAAAUAGUGCAGAGGCUGCAGGAAUUCUUCAGGGAGCAGGACAAGGAGCAGGUGGGGUUUGUCACCCGCUCAGACAUGCAGAAAUUGCAGGUGGAGGAUUUUCCGUGCAGCACGGAGGAGCUGGAGCUCGUCUUCGAUGGGCUGGAUGCUGCCGGUACCGGGCGGUUAAGCACCGAUGAGUUCACUGCUGGGCUCCGGCAGUUCCUGAGCUCCCAAAAAGCUGCCAGGUCCCAUCACCGGCGGAAAACAGCAUCCCGGAGGGUCCGCUUGGUCCUCCCCAGCCUGGCACUGGAGGGAGCGGACAGCGAGGAGCGGAGACACUUUGCUGCCUUCAUGGACCAGCUGGGCACAGCCAACGUCUCUGAAGAACAGGAGAUCUGGCAGCUCUGGGUGAAGCUCCGUCAGGAUGAACCCCAACUUCUAGGCAACCUGGAGGACUUUUUGGCCAAGAUGAAGCACCGCAUCCAAGAAGCCAGGAACAAGAAGGAGGCUUUGGAGGUGACCCUGAAGAAGCGUGUGGCUGAGCACAACAAGGAGGUGCAGCAGCUCUGUGAGGCCCUGGAGCAGCAGAUCCAUCAGGAGCAGCAGCGGCUGGAGCAGGAGAGCGCGGCCCGGAGCCACCAGCACGGCGUGGAGCUGCAGCAGGCACUGGAUGCCAGCGAGAAGGAGGUGCAGCGCUUGGUCACAGCGCAGAUGGAGCUGGAGAUGCGGUGCCACAACCUCCGCAGCACGCAGCAAGCUGCCAGCACCGAAAACCAGCAGCUGGAGGAGCAUCUGCAGCACCUUCACCAGCAGCUCCAGCAGACCCACAAGCGCCUGCAGACAGCAAGGGCUGCGGUGGCUCAGGUGCAUGAGGAGGAGUCUGGGGACAGAGCAGUGGCAGAGCCACCUGACAAGACACCAAUGUCCCCACAGAUGAAUCUGGAGAAGAGCGAGAAGUACCACUCUGAGACACGGAUCAGACUGGGGUCCCAGAGCAGCAAACCCAAAGCCAAGAGCACCCACCAAGUGGUUUGGGAAGUGCCACCAGCAGAAAUAAGUGUUUUGGGAGCCCCACCAAGACUGAGCUCCACAGAAGAGGACACCUUCCCAGAACUUCUGAAAGAGGAACACUUUUCUGACCGAAGCUCUUUGCUAAGAGAGAUGAAUGAUGCAAUAGCAGCUCUGAGCACACAGCUGAAGCCGCAGGCACCGGGUGCACCCUCCACACCAGCAGACACUGCCUGUCACCCCAGGGAUGGCGCUGAGCCCCAAAAAGGGAUGGAGGCAACUACAACCCAUGGCUCAGCCCCUGGGGUCCUGCAAGAGACCCUCGCUGGGCAUGUCAGUCAUGAGCUGUUCGAAGGAGACCUGAAAGAGGGACCAGCUGCAGCUGAGCUUCGUGCUCCAGAUGUGACACAGGCUGGUGCGUCCAUGGGAGCUGAGCACUGCUGGGCUCAGGAGCUGGGGGCAGAGCAGGGAGAGAGCGUGGAGGAGGCACAGAGGAUGUUAUUCCCGCAGGGAAAGGGUGCUGGUGUGAAGGAGCUGAUGCUAAAAGUGGCUGAGCAUCUGCAAGGAGCACCAGGAGAGAGCAUGGAGACAGGAGAGCAAGUGCUGAUGGAGGUGGAGGGAGAAGGAUGGAUGCAGGAAGAAACAGGUUGGGAAAAAGCAGCACAACCCCCAGGAGAAGCUGAGAAAGAGGCAUUAAGCCAGGGAGAAAAUCUGGAGGCAGGUCUGGGGCCACAUGAGGCUGGGGAGGCAGGUCUGGCAGUGGGACAGCAGCUUAGCACAGGUGAGCUUGGCCUGGCUGUGGCUCCAGAAGAGUCCUUGGGUGCAGGUCUGGGGCAAGAGGCUGACCCACAACCAGAGCUCUCCAAGAAACUUGAAAUAAAGCCUGGAGAGAACCUGGAGCCAGAGCCACCAUCCCGGGGUGAGACACAAAUGGGAGCAGCACAGGAGGACAGUGUCCUUCCCAAGGUGACAGUGGCUGCUGGCCCUGGGAUGCUGGAGGACAGUGCAGAGGUGCAGCCCUGGGGAGAGACCUUAGAUGAUGACAUGGUGCUGGCCCCAGCUCAGUGUGGAGGGAGCAGCAGAGGUGGGGCCGAAGAAGGAGAGGUGGAG